AUGAACGUCACAUUCGAUGUCUUCCGUGGCUCCCCUGAGGGCAAGAUUGUUGCCGAUAAGACCACGCGCACACUAGAAUACAACGAAGUGUUUAUUGAGACCACACAUUCCGGCCUUUGCGGAACAGAUGAACACUACCUGAAAUCAGGCCAGGUGCUUGGACACGAGGGUAUCGGUAUCAUCAAGGCUCUUGGACCCGGAGUUACCUCGGUGAAGGUGGGAGACCGUGUUGGAUUUGGAUACACACAUAGCAUUUGCACAUCUUGUGAUAACUGUGAGACUGGCUGGGACCAAUUCUGCCGCAACCAGAAGCAAUACGGCUUCCACGACUUUGACAAUGGUACCUUCAGUUACGGGGCCGUCUGGGACGUCAACUGCGUCUACCCCAUCCCAGAGACAGUCAGCUCGGUCGAUGCCGCCCCUCUUAUGUGUGCCGGUGCAACGGUUUGGACUGUCCUCACUGAGUUUGGCAUCCGCUCGACCGACCGCGUCGCUAUAAUGGGCAUUGGUGGGCUCGGCCAUAUUGCUAUCAAGCUUGCUGUCGCAUUGGGCUGCGAGGUUGUCGUUCUUUCUAGCUCUGAAGCUAAGAGAGCAGAGGCAAUGGAGUAUGGUGCCUCCGAGUAUCAUGUUUUCCGUUCCGGGGAGCCUAUCAAGGAUUUCAGGCCUGUUAAGCAUCUGUUGCUGUGUGGAAGUGGCUCCGUUAGCUAUCCUUCUCUCAUGCCUCUCAUGGACACCAACGGCAGCAUCUACCCAUUGACGGUUGCAUGUGAGCCCUCUCCUGUUCCCAUGCUGGAUGUCCUCUUCAAGGGUGUCCGUAUCCAGGGAUCCCUGGUUGCUUCUCGGAAGGGCAUUCGUACUCUUCUGGAGUUUGUGGCUAGACAUAAGAUCGCGCCUACGGUGAUGACGUUCCCGUUGACCGUGGCGGGUAUUGAGGAGGCCAUGCAGACUCUUAGAGAUGGCAAGAUGAGAUACAGAGGAGUGCUCGUGAAGAAGGAAUAG